AUGGCUUUUGGUAGGACUUCAACGUCGGUGUCGACAUCAUCAUGGUUUGUUGAGAACUAUAAGAAAACCGUGGGUCACAAGUUUCGUGAUUUCAUUGCAUCAUGUGGUCAUUACAUAAAGCCCUUCAAGAAAUACUUUCUUCCCAACUUUAUUGCAGUUCACUAUUUCUAUAUCAUAUCACUAACAAUAUUAGGUUCCAUUUUAAUGUACCCUGUUCAUAACUUCCGUUACAUCGACAUUUUAUUUCUAGCAUGUGGUGCUACUACUCAAGGCGGACUGAACACCGUGAACGUCAAUGAUUUAACCCUUUAUCAACAGCUCAUCAUAUACCUGUUGUGUUGCAUUUCAACACCCAUCGCAAUACACGGCUGUCUAGCUUUUGUCAGACUUUAUUGGUUUGAAAGAUACUUUGACGGUAUAAAGGACCGGUCCAAGAGAAACUUCAAGAUGAGGAGAACGAGAACAAUUUUACAGCGAGAGAUGACCAAGAGGAGCCACCAGGCGACACACACAUUCAACGCGAGAACUUACAGUAGUGUCCAAACACAACGGUCGAACGCGGUGCAAGGGCCCAAUGCGGCGGAUCCCGACUUUCAAGAGAAGCUGUUCAGUGGUAGGAAGGUGAAUAGGGACGAACAGUCGUUUCACUCAGAGGAGUCUCAAGAUACGAACUUACCAGACCGAAUGAAGAUAGAUAACAGUUCGGGGUCAUCAACGGGAGAUGGUACUCAUUAUACAGAAACGUCGUCGUCGUCGACUAACCACGCGGGCGAACGCUUUGCCAGCAGAAGAAAUUCCACCGAUAUUACUCCUGUGGAUAUGUAUAGGUCGAUCAUGAUGUUCAGAGGACAGCAUCAGGACCAAAACGAAGAAGGGGAAGGUCCUGCCCUUGUAAUCAAGGGCCGUAACGUUGCAUCGGAUAUACAGCGACCAAAACAUAAACCCCUUCUUCAGGACAUCCAAUCCGUAGAUGAGGGUGACGAAAGCUCCACAGAAGAGACAUCCCAAAUAUUGCGGCCAAAAUCCUUGAGUUCAGGUAUCAAUUCACAAGAAGACAGACCAACCUUGGGCGAGACUCAUGUGGGGGGGCAAGACUCCAACAGUAUAUACACUGAUAGCGAUGAUAUGAAUCACACCGUUGAUGAUGAAGUGGAACCACCCAAUGCCAGUGCAAUCAGCAGCCAAGAAUUAGAACUUUUUGAACCGGGCUCAGACGUAAACUUUUCAAAUCGUUCUAUCAAUAACCACUCUGUUUCUGACUCUAAUAUAUCAAGCGAAAACGUAAGGGAUUACAGGGGCUCAGACUAUGAUGAUGAUAAUACUGGGGACGAUGGUAAUGAUGAAAUUAGUGACGAUGAGGCCGAAAGUUUAGACGAUAGCCUUUCCAGUGGUUCGCAGACCGAUGCUAACACACCAUUAGAAACAGGACCCUUGGAGUAUCCUGACAACACUCAGCAUAUUUCCUUUAGUAACGAUGAUGAAACGAGGAGACAACGAGGAGUAACAGUUAACCAGCGGAACCGAGGUAAGUUGGAAGACUCCUCGGUUCGCCCUAAGGAGGGGCAGUCGAUUCAGUUCAACAUCACUGCUCGUCCCAAGAGACGGUAUCAGAUACAGGGAGCCAAAAAAGCGAGGAACCCUUAUUAUCAUACCAAGAAAAGGCCUGCUAAGAGAUUGCUGUUGAAACAACUGAAGAAGGGUAAGAGACUAAGAGAGCAAUUGCAAGGAAGAUUAUCAAGGGCAACCACAGAUAAAGACGAUUACCCUGAUAAUUUUAGCGCCCCAAGUACCGACCCCCGACCACGGGCGGAGAUACUAGAAAACAAGGGAAAUAAUGACAUGGAGGAAUAUUUUGCUGAUGAUGAGACUGAUGAAGACAUACCCUACGAUAUUUCUCCAGAGGAACUUAACAGGCUGUCACAGACCCCUGACUUUCAAAAGAUGAUCUAUAAAAACUGGAAAGCCAAACACAGAAAAACCGGAAAGCUUGGCAAAGCCAGCCGAACAUUGGAAAAAACACUCACCAGCGGCUCGCAUUCGAAUUUCCCUAGACCUCGCCGUAACCACCAUCUUUCCAAUGAUUUUCACAAAAAUAAACCAAACAACGGCGAUGCUGGGAACUUAUCUUCUGAUGAUAGCUAUGGUUCUGUUCUGGACAGCGAACGAGGUACCGACUACUACAACUAUAUCGAUACUGAGGACCAAGCCCAACACGGCAAUCAUUUUGAGUACAACUUCGACCAAAACAAUUUAAAUCUACCAUUGAACAGAACCAUGAGUACAAACUAUUUGUCCUGGCAACCGACGAUUGGGCGUAACUCUACUUUUGUGGGUUUAUCAAAAUCACAAAGAGACGAACUGGGUGGCGUUGAGUAUAGAGCGAUCAAACUUCUUUGCAAAAUAUUAUUGUGCUAUUACUUUGGUUUCCAUGUGAUGGCGUUUGUUAUGAUGGUUCCAUGGAUCUGUGUAAAGAAAUACUACAUUCACAUUGUGAGGUCAGACGGUGUUUCUCCAGCAUGGUGGGGAUUUUUCACAUCAAUGAGCGCUUUUAGUGACCUGGGACUCACUGUUACCCCGGACUCAAUGACUUCGUUCAACAAGGCAAUAUAUCCCCAAAUAGUAAUGAUGUGGUUCAUUAUUAUAGGCAAUACAGGGUUUCCUAUUUUACUACGGUGCAUCAUCUGGGUGAUGUUCAAGACAGCGCCGGAACUUUCUCAGACAAAAGAAAGUUUAGGUUUUCUUCUAGAUCAUCCACGCCGUUGUUUCACGCUACUAUUCCCAGAGGCUGCAACAUGGUGGCUACUUCUAACUUUGCUGUUUUUGAACAUUACAGAUUGGAUUUUGUUCAUAAUUUUAGAUAUGGGCUCUGCUGUACUGAAGCCGCUCUCGAGAGGUCUUAGAGUGUUGAACGGGCUUUUUCAGGCCGUUUCUACAAGAACGGCUGGGUUCAGCAUCGUUGAUUUAAGCAAAUUGCAUCCUGCUAUCCAGGUUUCUUACAUGCUGAUGAUGUAUGUGUCAGUGCUCCCAGUGGCAAUCUCCAUAAGAAGAACGAACGUCUACGAAGAACGAUCCUUGGGGAUGUAUGGAAAGAUAGAAGAACAUGAUGACGAGGACGAGGACGUUGACAGCAGCGAUACCGAAACAAAAACAAAGAAAUCCAAGAAGAGAAAAAACCGGAACAACCUGGAGGAAGAUGAUGAAAAAAAGGACCACGUAUCAACGAAAUCCUUCAUUGGUGCCCAUUUGAGAAAGCAAUUGUCUUUUGACUUGUGGUUUCUGUUCCUUGGCCUGUUUGUGAUAUGCCUUUGUGAGAAUUCCAAGAUUCAAGAUACGACUCGACCAAACUUUAACGUCUUUUCAAUUUUGUUUGAGAUUGUGAGCGCUUAUGGGACGAUUGGACUAUCCCUUGGUUACCCCGAAACUAACCAGUCGUUUUCAGCCCAGUUUACCUCCCUCUCCAAACUGGUUAUCAUUUUAAUGUUGAUAAGAGGGAGGUGCAGAGGUCUACCGUACUCUUUGGAUAGAGCCAUCAUUCUACCUAGUGAUAGACUAGAACACAUUGACCACAUGGAGGAUCUUAAACUAAGAAAAAAUCAUGGCAGGGCAGAAACAAUUGAUCCAGUAACAGAAUACGUGAAGCACUCAACAGGGGUUUUUAGAAAAAAACUAGAGAGAUUCAACACUCACGGACACAUUCCGUCCCACAUAGGACCUUCAGAUGAGUUUGAAAUGACUAAUCAGAAUAGGCGAAGGAUGGAGCACCAGACAAUGUAA